GUAUUUUCAGCAAGGCUUGGAAUUAGUUGGAUUUUUGUAGUGGCACUGGCAUUUCCUUGACCUUGGUAUGAAUGAAUCUCCCUGGUUCUUUCUGUUCUUGAACUGCACACCACUGUCACUGGCAGUGGUACCGGCAUGUCGAUCACCGCAAUGAGUAGUCCUGGCGAAAAUCUUGAUGUGAUGACGCCUAGAGAAGCGCGUCAGAUGUUUCGAAACGGUACAGACAACCACUUCCCCAGCACGUCAGGAAUGUGCAUGAAACACCUGCAAGCCAACCUGGCCAUGAUCAAGAAACAAAACGCCGAUGACUUCAGACAGUACUGUCGUCAGAAUGCUGCACCCUGUCCGCUUCUGUAUUGCUCGGAGCCUGGCGAAUAUGCAGCACCACCACUGGCGCAGGAUUCUGAUGUCCGUGCCGAUGUGCAGCGUUAUCGUGUGUACAAGGAUGGCAAGAUGACGGUCGUUCCCAGCCUUGCAGAGUAUGCAUGGGAGGACAUUGUGACGUUCUAUCUCGGCUGUAGCUUUGGCUUGGAAAACUUGCUGCUGGCACAGAAUGUCCCCGUCCGUCACAUACAGCAAGGGUCGAACGUACCAAUGUUCAAGACGAGCGUUAGAACGAAACCGGCCGGUCCGUUUCACGGUCCUCUCGUGGUCUCCAUGCGUCCAGUGCCGGAAGAGAAACUGGCCGACGCGGUGAACGCGUCACGCCUGUCCCCGCUUAGCCAUGGCAUACCGGUGCACAUUGGAGACCCGGCGUGGAUCGGUAUCGAUCACUCCACCACCAGUGAUGGCACCGCCGUGUUGACGAAUGUAGUAGUGAGCCAGUUUGGCGAUGGUCGUGUCCAGUGUCAUGCGGAUGAUGUACAGGUGUUCUGGGCGUGUGGAGUCACGUCGUCCGUUGCAACAGCAAAUGCUGGAAUGGAGCUGUGCUUCACACAUGAUCCUGGCUCAAUGUUCAUCUGCGACAAGUUAUCAGUGCCGGACACAACCAUAGACACCAGCCAUCCAGUGGAAGUUAUCAAGUUCACUGCAGCACGUCUUCCUGCUGUGUACAGCAUUCUGGCACAGGACGUGUUGAAGCGUAUCCAGUGUCUGGAAGAACUAAUACUGCGGGACCCGGGCCAGCGGGGCGCUCACCAUCUCCUGGUUGAAGGCGAUCUGUUAAGGUCUGCACUGUCCCUGUCUUCUCGCCAUAGGCGAGUUGUCGUCGCCACCGGAUUCCCCUGUGUGCCAGAGCCACCACAUGAGGAGACGGAUGGUCUGCCUGGUGCGAUUGCACUUAUUCGUGCUGUUCAGGCAUUGGGUGCUGAUGAUGUGGUGUUAUUGUGUGACGUGGAUGUGGAGAGCCUUUACCGAGAGGUAGCAGAGUUUUCCUAUGCCAAGGGAAUCCUGAGCAAGCCUGUUCAUUUGCAAGUCGUUCACAUGACGGACUCGGAACAGGACAUUGUGGCAGAGGUGGCCACGUUUGAUCAUCUGAUCGCGAUUGAACGAGUCUCUCCGAAUGUGCAGGGCCUUUACUACUCCAUGACUGGCCGUGAUCUAUCAACUCACUGCAGUCCCAUCGAUCGUUGGUUCAGUGCGGCUCUGUGUAGUAGCACUACCAUGACAACCGGUAUCGGUGAUGGCGGCAACGAAGUUGGAAUGGCCAAGGUUCAUGAUCAAGUUGUGGCGCAUGUACCGCUGGGAGAGGAGAUCGUUUCGUCAGUACGCACCGACUAUCUGAUUAGCAGUGGUGUGUCGAACUGGGGUGGUUACGCGCUGGCCGCUAGCCUAUACGCGCUGCAGGCUUGCACUGUGCAUUCCUACUACACGCGCUACGGUCUUGGCGAACACCAGGCACCGGAUCAUCAUCAGUUCUUACCAGACGUGGAAAUGGAACGCAAGCUUUUGGCUAAGCUGAACGAGCUGCAAGUCCUGGAUGGAACACGGCCCGAGCAGGCGAUGUCGGUCGAUGGAUUCCUGUUUGAUGAUCUACAUGCAGGAGUGAUUGAGUCUAUCGUAGAUGCUGUCACAGUAUAGGUCGGCUACCGGUGGAUCUGUGCUUUAGGGAUUUCAUCACCAGACCCGCAACAGAUCGAAGGGAGAAUCAUGUAGCUCGCGCGUGUACACUGCAUUAACUUUAUUUUAGUCCACGCUAAAACACCAAAAUUAAUAUCGAGAAUGACUCAUUUGCUGACACUAAUGCUAGUACCCAUCUGUUGCUAAAGACUAAAUUGAGAUAAGAUUUCUGAGUAAAUACCACCUAAUAUCCGUUCACAGUCUCAUAAUUCAACAUAGAAUCUUUGAAGUAUGCUGUACAUGAAUACAUACAGAACUAUAAAAAAAAAACAUACAGCGA